GGGGCUGGUGCCUCAGGCGCGUGUCGACUGCCGGAGCGGAAGCCGACCCCCGCAUUCCGAGAACGGGAUUGACUUCGGCUGUUGGUUCUUCCCUUCUUCCAUGAUUCCAUCUUCUCCUCCGGCUCCUACGGUGGGUUCCCCGGUUUUCCCUCUCUCUCUCCGGGGAACCCAAAACUAUGCUUCUUUCUUCCAGCUUCUCCCGCACUCUUCUCUCCCCAAGUGCUCUGUCUCUGUCCGCCAAACGCGCCUUCUCUCGCUCCAUUCCUCCCAACAUGAAGCACCAUCUGAUGGUCGGUACCUGGACCCCGCCAGGCCGUAUCUACACCGUCGCAUUUGACGAUGAGGCCCUCACGCUGGAACUGGUUCAGAAGACCGACAUUCCAGAGGCUGAACCUAUCUCGUGGAUGACAUUCUCGGUAGGCUUGCUGGACCUAGAUAUUCUGGAUGAAUUGCUUAAGAUCGCACCCCGCAGCACGAUAAAAAAGCUAUCUACGGCGCCGCUAUGAAGAAAUGGAACAGUUUUGCGGUAAACAGUCCUACCGAUAUCGUCCAUCAGGUCUCACACCCUGUCGCUGGCCACGAGCUCGCCCCCAGCGCCGAUACCAACACGCGCGCCAUCUUCGUUCUAGCCGCCCAUAAACCACCAUACAACGUCUACGGCAACCCGUUCUACAAAUACGCAGGCUACGGAAACGUCUUCUCGGUCGAGUCCGACGGGCGACUAGCGCAAAACGUACAGAACUACGAAUACGAACCUAACACGGGCAUUCACGGGAUGGUAUUCGAUCCGACCGAAACGUAUCUCUACUCGGCCGAUCUUCAAGCCAACAAGAUCUGGACACACAAGAAGGACACGGCGGGGCAACUGACGCUGGUCGAUUGUCUGGAGGCACCUUCGCCGGACGACCACCCGCGCUGGGUUGAGAUGCACCCGAGCGGAAAGUAUCUCUAUGCGCUGAUGGAGGCGGGAAACCGUUUGGCGGUAUAUGUGAUCGAUGAGCGAACCCAUGUCCCUGUGUUUACACAUAUUACGUACCCCUUGCUGCCCGCAGGCCUCCCCCCUCGUAAUAAGUACCGCGGCGACGUCACCUUCACGACCCGCAGCGGAGAAUACCUUUUCGCCACGACCCGCAGCAACCAUUUCGACGUUACGGGAUACAUCACGGCCUUCAAGCUCGGUCCGAACGGCAACAUCGAACGGCAGCUUUUUAUCAACCCCACCUCAACUAGCGGCGGGCACUCGAACGCCGUCAGCCCUUGCGAUUUUAGCGACGAGUGGCUGGCGCUGUGCGACGACCAGCUUGGGUUCGUGGAGAUGUAUCGAUUCCGCGACGAGAGGCUGGCGCGCGUGGCCCGCGUGGAUAUUCCGGAGAAGGGAUUCGGAAUGAAUGCCAUUUGGUAUGAUUAAUGAGAGAUUAAGAAAAAAAAAAAGAAAGUACAAAUACCAAAAAGCCGGUGUUGAGGAUCAAGCUUUCA